AUGGAAUCGUCAUCGAUAUCAUCUUUUCAGCACGGAGACUACGCUGUUGGAUGGAUCUCUAGCCUCCAACUGGAGAUGGCCGCCGCCAAAGCAAUGCCGGAAGAAAUCCACCCCAGACUGUCGCAACCGCAACACGGCCAUAAUAGAUAUGUCCUAGGGAUAGUCGGCAGUCACAAUGUCUUAGUCGCUUGUCUACCGUCUGGCAUUUACGACGCCACUUCGGCCGCUGUCGUUGCAGAGCAAAUCAAGCCAUCGGGUCUUCUACCGAACAUUGUACAAUAUGAUUCUGGCAAGACGAUCACAUUGGGACGGUUUGAAUGUACCGGGACUCGGAACCGACCACCUCAGAUAGUGUUCACAACACUUUCCAAUCUACAAUCCAAUCACAGGAGGGGUAAGGCGCGGUUCCAUGAGUAUUUAUGUGAGGUUCUCGAAAACGUGGGGGAUACUCUUUUUCACUGCCCUGGACAAGAAAGCGAUCAGCGUAUAGUCACGGAAAGUCGUGACGAUUGCAGAAACUGCGACUCGAAGGGAACUGGUAUCACGAGAUCCACGAUCAUCUACUGCGCCAGAGGCACACUAUGGAACUAUCGCGUCGGGCAACCAAGUCAUGAAGCACGGUAAAACCCGAGAUAAUCUAGCGCAAGAACUUGGAGUAAUCUGUUCCGAAGUGGAAGCAGCGGGUCUUAUGGAUCACUUCCCAUGCUUGGUGAUCCGAGGCAUCAGUGAUUAUUCAAACCCUCACAAGAAUAAAGUUGGCAGGGUA